AUGACGACCCUCACAAUAGCCUCGCAAGUGAUAGGCUUCAUAUCCUUUGCAAUCACCCUGGCUACUUUACUUGGAGUUUACCGAGAUCUGAUAUCGACAAUGCGAAAUGCAGACACACUCAUACCCAUCAUGUUGGGUAAUUUGCGUCAAGAAAUCGAAGCGGAAAGAGUGUUACUUCGAUAUCGUGCUCAAGAAGGCGACCCAUAUGCAGUGUUUCCCAAGUCAAGGAGACGAAACCCACGAUCGCGCAGAUAUCGUCAGGCAUCGCAACUUCUGGAGAACACUCUCAACAAUCUGUGGCAGGAGUUCAAAAACGUGGAACGGCCUUUCCUGAUCAAAAGCCCUGCCCGAGCAGAAGCAGUCCAACGCGGGGACUACUGGGGCGAAAGCGACAUCGACGAAAAGCCGUACGCCAAAACCAGCCGAGGGUCGAAAGAUAGGAAGAUCAAAGACCGUAUGGGUAUGGCCGAGGCGGGCUUGUCUUCCGACGAACAGAGAUAUUACCGUACAGAUAUGGUCCAUCGCUUCAUCUGGUGGCAAAGCCAGUCGUCCGUGAUCAACAUGCUUGAUCAGGUCCAAAGAAUCCAGAUCCGAAGAAUUGAGCGGGACGUCUUUGAGAGUGACGAACUGGUGGGCGGAGCGAAAGUGACGAUAGUAGCUCUGAGGGCGAUGGUGGUAGUGGAGGAGGCGAUGAUGGCAAAUCCGGAGGACUUCGGCGGCGUAGUGCGGGAUCAAGAGUUGGGUCAAGACGUGGUAGUGUGA